UCGAGUACUUGCCGCCCUCGCUGUACCACCUAAUGAGUCUGCGCCCGACUGUCCUUCAAUCCCUUGUCCUAUUCGCGGUCGUGUAUGGCAUCCAUAUCGCCUGCUCGAGAAUAUCACCCACCUCUGUUCAGCACUCCGCCUCGAAGCUGGUCACGGCGACAGGAACAAAUGCUCCAGACUUCGACUGGCUAUCGCUCACGCCGUCUGAUGACAUUAAUUGGACGCCUUGCUUCGACGAGUACCAAUGCGCUCGUCUUAUCUUGCCCCUCGAUUACCUCUCUCCUGCUGGCUAUGGUCCCAAUGUGACCAUCGCAUUGCAAAUAGGCACGAUUCUCGUCAACCCAGGCGGACCAGGCGGAGCCGGAACCGAUUUGAUCGUGCGCAAGGGCAAGGAUAUCAUGCGUAUCUCAGGCGGGUCGUAUAACGUUCUAGGCUUCGACCCGCGCGGCACGGGGGCCAAGUCUCAGUUCAAGAUAUGGGGGCUUCAGGCUGGACAUCGAACCCUGAAUCUGAGCGACGGGUCUGUCCCGAUCGCCCGUGCGCGCGAGACUGCACUUGGCCAGAAAUGUGAGGAGGCCUUGGAAUGGGGUCCGGCGAGGUUCAUGAGCACUCCGAGCGUCGCCACGGACAUGCUUGAGAUCACCGAGAGGCUCGGAGAGGAAAGGCUGAAGUAUUGGGGCUUUAGCUAUGGGUCCAUCCUUGGCCAGUACUUCUCGGCCAUGUACCCAGACAAGGUCGAGCGUGUCGUGAUUGACGGCGUUUUUGACGCCUACAACUAUCGUAACACAUCUUGGAACUCCAAUCUGGUCGACACGGACGCAGUCUGGGCCUCUUUAUACACCUUCUGCCACGAAGCCGGUCCCUCGAAGUGCCCUUCCCGCGUAGAGGCCAUCCUUGAAGGUCUCAAGGAUCGGCCGCUCGCUGUCCCCUUCGCGCCUGCUGGUCCUUACGUCCUCACGUUCAAGGCUGUCCAUUACAACGCGUUCCGUUCAGCCUAUGGUCCGACCACCCAGUACGGCCCCCUCGCGCACGCGCUGGUCGCCGUAGAGCAGAACAACCAGACCGCCCUGGAGGGUAUGGAGGAGAGGUUCGGCGCGGGCACGAAGUGUCAAUGCCAGGAUUCUUCGCCAUGGCUGCAGGAUACCGAGGCCUUCUACGCAAUUGCCUGCGGCGACGGCGAGCCCAUCACCUACACAGACGAGGCAUACCGCGCCUGGUUUGAGGAUCUCGCAGCCACGUCCAGUUUCGGCUCGCCUUACUGGGGCGACAUGUACCUGCGCUGCUCAGAAUGGCGCGUCCGACCAAAGUGGCGAUACACCGGGCCGCUUGCGGCCGAGAACACAUCUCACCCUUUGCUCGUCGUCUCACCGAGAUACGACACGGUCUGCCCGCUGAGCGACGCGAAGCGCGUGCAGUCGCGCUACUCUUCUGCACUGCUGAUUCAGAACUCCUAUGGGCAUUGCUCGUUAGCCGCCCCGUCACUUUGCACCGCGAAGCAUGUGCGUGCAUACUUCGAGAAUGGGACGUUGCCGGAGGAGGGGACUGUAUGUGAAGUGGAUGAACUGCCCUUCAUUGGUUCGGUUCAUGGGGGCGUGGACGCGAUGUCGGUGGAGGACCGGGAGAUCUUGGAUGCACUCAGAAGUCUGGGCGAAGCUAUUCCGGUGAAGUCGGCGUUCUGAUAGUAUAGAGCGGCCUGUAAGAACGAGGUGAUCGAGUAUUUCGUUAUGAGAUCUACUUUUUGUCGCUGCACCUCAAGAGCCCGAAAUGAACGGGAGACGUACGUUGCUCGGCUUCUAUGCCCAGACCGCACAACGUUGAGGGGGUGUUUGUCAUUACGCUGCUGAGUACGCCGACGGUUCUCGACGAGAUCAAUGGCAGGACAUUACGGCCGUGAUGCGUGUUCCGAACAGAUGACUUCCGCAAAGACUGACUAUCACAAAUGCGAAACACGCUAGUACGCGCAGGUUGGGCUCCGGCAGCAUCGUGUUUGCUUCAUCACAGUUAGAGGACGUGAUAGAAAGGAAAGAUCAUGCUGGCAGAACAUGCCUUCUCGACGUGGCGAAGGAAGC